UUAUGUGGUCUGUCGGUAAUGACCACUCGGAUUAUAUGCUUGGUCGGGAGUGACCAAGGUCUCGGGAACAUAUGGUUGGUCGGAAAUCACUAGGAUCCUUAGCAUUUAUUAGGAUCUUAGUACUUGUCAAAUCAGGUCAGAAAUCAGCAUGUAGCACCAUGCCUAAUAUCUUCACACCUUACUGGUCACUGUUCACACUGUACAAUAACAAGACUUUUGCUAUGCAUCAACAGUAAAACGAGGUCUAUAUAUAUACGUAUCAUCUAAGAGGUAUGAAUCUAAGAUAUAUGAGCAUCUCUCUCUCUCUCUCUCUCACUCUUUCAAUUGACUUGGGCGUCGGAGGAGGUUCCACCGGCCAACCCCCGGCGGGCCUUUGUUUUGUUUCAGGUUACAAGCGGAGAGGCGAACCAAAGCUGCCAUGUCAUCAAGCAAAAAAUAGCAUCAACACGUUCGAUAGUCUCCGAUAAAGUUUACAAUGGACACGGCUACCCUUUGCUUACCUCUGACGAACAAGUUGCUGCAAUGGAAUUGGCGCAAACAUACGAGCCCUUUAUCAAAUCCAUUAAUAAGAGGAGCCUGAACUUAUCAUAUGUCGUUUGCUCCACUUAUUCAAUCGGGUGGUUCGGAGAGGUGAAGAGUAAGAGGGUGUUGAAGCUGCUGUGCUUCUAUACAGAUGGGACGGUUAAUCUGUAUUUGAGACCCUUGGAGGGAAUAACGUUGGUGGUUGACCUGGAUGAGAUGAAGAUUGUUGAAUACUACGAUAGGUUCAUUGUUCCGGUGCCAAAAGCUGAGGGGACAGACUACCGGGCUUCCAAGCAGAUGCCGCCGUUCGGUCUGCGUUUACACGGUGCAGCCUUCGUGCAACCCGACGGACCAGGAUUUAAGAUUGACGGGCAUACUGUCAGUUGGGCCAACUGGGUCUUCCACCUAGGAUUCGACGUUCGAGCAGGUCCAAUAAUUUCUCUAGCCUCAAUACACGACCCUGAGAAGCAGGCAUACCGGCGGGUGCUAUAUAGAGGAUUUAUAUCCGAGCUGUUUGUGCCUUACAUGGACCCAUCUGAGGAAUGGUACUACAAAACCUUUUUCGAUUCCGGCGAAUUUGGGUUCGGUCAAUCUGCGGUGUCGCUCGAGCCCUAUGCCGAUUGCCCUUCCAAUGCAGUAUUUCUGGACGCAUAUUAUGCCGCGGCAGAUGGUACGCCUGUGAAAAUACCAAACACCUUUUGUAUAUUCGAGCGUUAUGGGGGAGACAUAAUGUGGCGUCACACGGAGUUGGGGAUUCCAAACAAAGUUAUAAGAGAGGUUAGGCCAGAGGUGAGCCUAGUGGUGAGGAUGGUCGCAACAGUGGGCAACUAUGACUACGUUCUUGAUUGGCAGUUCAAGCCCAGCGGCUCCAUUAAAUUCGGGGUUGGGCUAACAGGAGUGUUAGAAGUAAAGGCUGCAACAUACACUCACACAGAUGAGAUAAAGGAGGAUAUCCACGGCACCUUGCUAACAGAGAACACGAUAGGCGUCUACCACGACCACUUUUUGACGUACUAUCUCGACCUCGACGUGGAUGGUAAGGACAACUCCUUCGUGAAGAACAAUUUGGAGACAACCCGAGUGAAAGACCGUAGCUCACCAAGGAAGAGUUAUUGGACAAUUGUGAGUGAGACGGCUAAAACUGAAUUCGAUGCUCGAAUUCAGUUGGGGUUGAAGGCUUCUGAGCUAGUAGUGGUGAAUCCCAACAAGAAAACCAGACUCGGAAACAACGUUGGUUAUCGGCUAAUUCCAGGGCCGGUGACACACCCUCUUCUGUCGUACGAUGAUUACCCACAAAUCCGGGGAGCCUUCACUAAUAAUGACGUGUGGGUCACGCCCUAUAACAAGUCAGAGAAAUGGGCAGGAGGACUAUACGCUGAUCAGAGCCGAGGAGAUGAUACCUUAGCAGUUUGGAGCCUCAGGAAUAGGAAGAUUGAAAACAAGGAUAUAGUGUUAUGGUACACCAUUGGAUUUCAUCAUGUCCCUUGCCAGGAAGAUUUCCCAGUGAUGCCGACAUUGAGCGGUGGGUUCGAGCUCCGGCCGACCAAUUUCUUUGAGAGCAAUCCAGUCCUUAAAACAAGAUCUACGACUAGUCACGUACACUGGCCUAACUGCACCACCCGACCGUAGGAUUAUAUUCUGCCGUUUAUUAUCAUAAUAUAAAAAAUGAACCUAAUAAAAGACAAAAAUUUAGAUACUAGCAAAGAGGCCAUAUGCUGACUAUGACAAUCGAGUAAGGCUACGUUUCACUAUUGUGUUUUUUUCUCGUCUUUCCAAAAUUGAUAUGACUUUUAAAAUUGUCAUUGGAUCAAAAUCUAAUAGUAGUCUAUCAUAAAUUGAAUGGUGACUUUAAAAGCCAUAUCAAUUUUAGGCGGACAAAAAGAAACACAAUAGUGAUAUGUAGCAUUACUCGACUGUGACAGUGUUAUGAAAGUAGAAUUCAGAAGACUUUGGCAUGACGUCUCACAAGCACAAAUUAUAUGAAACUCUUGUAGUUAUCUUUGUUGUAUCUUAUCUUAGAAUAGUCGUAGCUUAAUUAAAUAAAGAGUGUUAUAGUUAUCUUUAUAAGUCAGAGUCUUUUAAUUAUUUGUAAUACCAUGGUGCAAAAGUUAUUUAGUAAUAAGUUUCUCCAAGUUAGAGUUGGAGUUAUCUCCAAGUAGUUUAUUUGUAUUAGGAGUUUAUUUUAGGAUAGAGGUAAGAGUUCAUCUCUUAUUCUAUGUCUUUGUAAUUCUCCUAUUUAUGCAUGAGUGAUUAAUAAAAAAUAAGCAGAAUUAAACCCGAA